AUGUCGAAACCUGUCGUAUUUGUCUGUGGCAUCACUGGCACUCAGGGCCAUGCCGUCGGCACCGCAUUCACCUCCCACGCCGUGCCCCUCCGUGCCCUUGUUCGCGACCCCUCUACGCCCGCUGCGACACAGCUCGGCGACGCCUUUGGCGACGCCCUGACCGUCUUCCACGGGGACUACGACAAUGCCACGGCCUUGCACGAUGCCAUGACCGGCUGUACGGCCCUAUUCCUCAACCUCUCACCCAGCUUCACCGACCCUUCUGCCGAAGUGCGACACGCCGAAGCGCUGCUCGCCGCGGCCAAAGUCGCUGGCGUCACUCACAUCAUCUACUCGAGCGGGCUCUCCGUCAACGACCCCGAGCGCCUCCCACACUGGGACCCAAAGAGCUUCACCGCCGCCGUCCUCCUUUCCAAGGCCACCAUCGAGGAAAAAGUCCAGACUGCUGGGUUCCCGCGCUGGACCAUCCUGCGCCCGGGCAACUUCAUGGCCAAUUACACGCUGCCCCUCGUGCGCAUGUAUCCCGGCCUCACCACUACCGGCCGCUGGUCUACUGCGCUACUCCCCGACUCUGUCCUUCCCAUGAUCGAUCCCGCAACGAUUGGCGCCUUUGCUGCGGCGGCCGUGCUGGAUCCGACGAGAUUCCAUGAGCAAGCAAUCGAAAUCGCGGAUGAGUUCAUGACGCUGGAUGAACUCAUGCCGAAGCUUUCUGCCGCUGCAGGGCGUCAUCUUCAAGCCGUACACAUGACUGAAGAAGAGAUAGAAGCACAAAAGGGAGCUAAUCCAAUGGUCGCGGCAAUGCUCAUGAUGAGAGACUUAAGUAUUUUUGUUGACCUAGCCAAAGUCAAGAGCUGGGGCGUUCCCUUAAGCAGCUUUGAUCGAUUUUUGGAACGGGAGAGGAGUUGCGUGCUGGAGACUUACGGAGAGACACAGUGA